AUGCUCGUGGCGCUCGCGUACCGGGGCUGGUCGGUCUACCCGUGGCACGAGGCGGCGCAGAAUUUCGACCAGCCGGACAAGGGCCUGCCCCGCGACGAAGAGGGCCGCAGGCAGUUCGGGAUCAAGUGGCCAGCUUACAACAUGGACGGGAGGGGGGGAGAAUCGGCUUUCGAGCACGACCACAAGGAGCACUACCACGACCGGGUGCUUUCAGAGGAAAUGGCGUUGAUCUCACACAUCAGACAGCCGAUUGUGACUUGCGAAGGUUGCAUGUGGUAUAGAAGUCUCGGGCUGGAGUACGAGCAGCUCGAGCAAGAUGGUCAGCACUCUGUCAUUUGUUCCUGGCGCCCGGACGCUCCGCCGGCGGAGCUGCCCGCGCGCUGCGCUCCCGUGAGGCGUCCGAGGCCACCGCAAGAGGCGGCGCGUGCCGUGCUGUUCUUGGAGAAGCUCGAGUGCGAUUGGAGCGGCUGGCGCCUUCGGGGUGGCUCGGGACGGCCGACGAGUGCGCCGCCAGGGCCGCGGCCGAGCCGGCCUGUGGCGAGCACGUCAUGUUCAACGGGGUGCACCCGGACCGACUGGCAGUGCCGAUGUUGCGCCCCGGUGCCUCCAGAGGAGAUGUUCGUGGGCAAGGAGAGACCGGCAGCGAAGGAUGGGCGGUGUACGAGAUACAGGCGCAGAUCGCGUGAAGCGCUGGAGCCGCCUGAGCCGAGCCCGUCCUUCCAUGCAGGUUUGGAGCCAACUCGGGGCGCCAUCGCGCUGCCUGCGUGGAAAACGCAAGGGGGACAGGACCAGAUACAUGUCAGAGUGGAUCAGUCGUGA